AUGACGCAAUCGACUAAUCCGCCCCAAACAGAAGCUGAGUUUCUAAUAAUUCUUGGAGUUCAGCCAAAUAAGGCCAAAGAACUUCUUAUGAACAAGAGAGUCAAAAGUAUUGUUGAGCAACUUCAAACCGACCUUAAUUCGCCCGCCCAACUAAGUGCAGGCCAGAAGAAGCUGCUUUACAAGGUAAUUGAAAAGGCCAGUUCUAGAACGGCAGCGACUCGGUAUAGCAAUUUGAUUUUAGCCGAAAAGAUAAGAACUGAAACUGACAUUCUAAAUGCCGAAAGUGUUAUGCAGAAGUAUCCAGAGGCAAGUGCAGAUGAGUUAUGGACGUACAUGGAGCAGAAUGUGCCUAAGACCGAUGAACUAGUUCGCAUUGCUAGUGAGGUUGUAGCUGAAAAUGCAGGUGCGCCGCGAGUAAAGGUUCUAAAAGAGCUAAAGCAUCACUCUCGCCUGCAAUUUGUGCCGCCUCGUGAGAUUAUGGCUCUGUUUGAAAGCAUGUCCUUAUCAGCUACAGUGGAAAAAGAAGUCGCCAAAGAGACUCUCAAUGCGCAGAAAGUAAGUGAGUUACUGGAAAUGGCCACGGCUCCCAUGCCGGCCACACGGACAAUCAACCAAAUCUACCAAAGAGUGACUAUUCCUGAGCACUUGCGUACAUCCAAGGACAGGAAAUGGACCCGGUAUCUUGAAGGUGAAAUGCAAAGCAUGCACACGCCCUUUACCAACUACCAGAAGACGCCUGAAAUUCUAAAAGAGCAUAUUAAGCGUACUAAAGGCCAAGUCCGGGUGCGAUUCCCACCCGAGCCCAAUGGCCACUUGCAUAUUGGCCAUGCCAAGGCCCUUAGUAUUAACUUUGGCUACCGUGACUUUUACAACGGCUGGAUUUCCUUGCGCUAUGACGAUACUAAUCCGAAAGCCGAGAAGACUGAGUACUACGAGAAGAUUGAAGAGAUGGUGCGCUGGAUGGGAUACACACCAGAUGCCAUAACCUGUGCUUCUGACUACUUCCCACGGUUGUACGAGUGUGCUGUUGAGCUUAUCAAAAGAGGCAAAGCCUAUGUCUGCCACCUUUCCCGAAAAGAUGUCUCAGAACGCCGUAAAGAGACCAUGACAAGCAAGAUAGCUAGUCAAGUAAAAGAAAUCGGAGAGGAGGAAGAGCGUGUAAUCAGUCCAUGGCGUGAUCGAUCUGUUGCCGAGAACUUAGCUGAGUUCCAGAAAAUGAAGGACGGCCACUAUGAAGAAGGCGAUGCCGUCCUUCGUAUGAAAAUGGACAUGUCCAGCGACAACCCGCAACUAUGGGACUUAGUUGCCUACCGAGUAGUUAAGCACCCACAUGUUAAAACAGGCGACCAAUGGUGUAUCUAUCCUUCUUAUGAUUUCACUCACUGUCUCACCGACUCAUUUGAAGAUAUUACCCACUCUUUCUGUACUACUGAGUUUAUUAAUUCGCGAACGAGUUAUAAUUGGCUUUGCGAUGCCCUUGAUCUCUAUCGCCCGGUGCAGUGGGAGUAUUCCCGGCUUUCUUUAACCGGAGCGCUACUUAGCAAGCGUUACAUUACCCGGGCUAUUCAAGAGGGUAAAUUCACCGGCUGGAGUGAUCCACGACUCAGUACGUUAGAAGGACUACGAGCUCGAGGCGUGCCACCCCAAAGUAUUCGUCGUUUUGUUGAAUCUUUAGGCAUCACUACAUGCACAAGUGAAAUAUCUCCGCAUAUCUUUGAAAGUAUUAUUCGAGAAGAUCUAAACAAUUCUUCUAAAGCCGUAGCUAUUUUCAACCCACUAGAUCUAAUUCUACCAGAUAAGCGCACCGUGCUUAUUGACCAGAAAGACUUCCGAGCCGGCCCUAAUGAUCCUUCCUUCUUCCGUCUCCAACGCCAGAGUACAGUCCUGCUUAAGGAAGUAGGUCCAGUCGAACUUGUCUCUGAAGACCUUCCUUUACAAGUCCGACCUUCUACCCGACCCCAUUCCGCCGCCAUUCCAUGGCUGCCCACCGAUGCCCCAACUGCCACUCUAGAAGUCAUUCGUGGCCAAGAGACUCAACUCUUCACCAAUGCCCGCAUUUCCCCCGAAGCUGCAAAAGCUCCAGCACAUACCUACUGGCAAUUCCUCCGUAUUGGUUUCUUCAUUCGCCUUGACACUCCCACUCCCCACUUCCGUCUAGUCGUUCCUCUUAAAGCAGCGCCUCUCCUUGAAUAA